UCGUUAACUUUUAAUAAUCUCAAUGGAACAAUCGGAGCACUUAGGCGAAAGUCUAGUGCUCCGUCAUUCGGUUGCAAUGAAUUAUUCAAGGGGAUUAAACUUUCAUUCACGUUUGACUCGUGUCGUUUCGGGGUUGCAGAUGAUCGAGCAACCGGAAAGGUGGUAUUUCCAUUGGGCGGACUGGCUGGUGUUCGUCUUGAUGCUCGUCAUUUCGGCAGCUGCUGGACUCUGGCACUUCCGUCGAGCCCAAAAAUCGAACACGGAAGAAUAUUUACUAGGGGGGAAUAAAAUGGGUCUAUUUCCGGUCUCGGCUUCUUUAAUCGCCAGCUUUAUUUCCGGCGUGACGAUACUCGGAACUCCUGCCGAGAUUUAUAACUUCGGAACGCAAUAUUGGAUCACUAUCAUUUCGAUAUUACUUUCCGGAGUCGCUGUCAGUACGAUUUAUCUUCCGGUCUUUACGACGCUAAGGCUCAAUUCCGCUUAUCAGUAUCUCGAGAUCAGAUUCAACCGCUCUGUCAGGAUUCUUAUUUCCAUGAUUUUUGUCAUCGACGUGGUGUUGUAUCUAUCAAUUGUAAUUUACGUACCUGCUCUGGCGCUCAACCAAGUGAGUGGCAUAAACGUUCAUCUGAUCGGAUGCAUCGUCUGCGGGAUUUGCGUGUUUUAUACGGUGAUGGGCGGCCUGAGAGCUGUGGUGUGGACCGAUGCUCUUCAGGUCGGUAUCAUGAUAGCAGCCGUGGUGACAGUUACGGCUUUAGGAACUUACGAGCUGGGAGGACCCGUCGAAAUCUGGCGAAGAGCCACGGAGGCCAAAAGAAUCCAAUUUCUGAACUUCGAUCCCUCGCCGUAUACAAGACACACGGUAUGGACGGUGUUGAUUGGUACUUGGUUGUACAGUACCGCAUACAUCUCUGUUAAUCAGACGAUGGUCCAGCGAUACAGGUCUUUGCCAGACACGAAGACAUCCCAACUUGCCGUAGGAAUAUUUACAGUUGGCGUAAUGUGCUUCAUCUCUACGUGCUGCUGGUGCGGUUUGGUUCUCUUGGCUUGGUGGGCCUCGCCAAAGUGCGAUCCGAGAGCAACCGGCCUGAUAACAGCUGACGAUCAGCUGUUACCAGCUUACGUGAUGGAGAUAGCCGGUCAUCUCCACGGGGUACCAGGACUUUUCAUUUCUGGGAUCUUUGGAGCAGCUCUGAGCACUCUUUCGGUUGGCCUGAAUUCGACGUCGGUGGUCCUCUUGGAAGACUUCGUGAAAGGCUGUUUCCAGCUGAAACCCAGCGACAGAUGUGCUGCGAUUUUUGUCAAAAUCGUGGCAGUAUCCCUCGGAGUAUUGGCUCUGGGCUUCGUCUUCCUCGUGGAAAAAUUGGGAGGCGUCCUAGCAGUCACCGGAAGUCUAGCUGCAAUCGCUGCUGGGACCAGCUUUGGAGUCUUCAGUUUAGGGAUGCUGUUCCCGUGGACCAAUUCUAAGGGUGCAUUUGUGGGUGCCAUUGCAGGAUUCGCGAUCGCCGGAUGGUCCAGCCUUGGAGCCAACGCCUCCCUGGGGUCCGGACUCCUGAUGCCCAAGAAACUCCCGGUGGACGUCUCCCAUUGUCCUGGGAACGUAACCGAAGAUUUCCUAAAACAGUUUAUGUUUCCUGACGAGGAGGAUGUGUUUCCCUUGUACCGGUUGUCUUAUCAUUGGUUCGCCGGAUUGGGGACCACAGUGGUCGUCGUAGUCGGAGGCUUGGUCAGCUGGAUCACAGGACCUACGGACCCUUCGACCAUUGACAGAACCCUUUUAUCGCCAGUAAUUCACAGAUUUCUCCCAGCACCGAAAUAUGAAGACAGCUCCGAGAGACGCCAAUCGUCGACUUCAACGGACACUCAGACGGCGAAUUUUUUGUUGAACGACAUCGCCAAGAAAACUGGAAGACCCAGUAUCAUCUCGGAAAAGGUCCGUCAAGUCGUGUCGAAUGGCCCGGUUACUUAAGAAGAGAUCGGGUGUCUUCGAAAAGAACUCUCAUCGGAGCAGCAGGAUCUGCUCAGGACGAUAAACCGGUAACGCGCGAAAUUGUUCUUUACAGAGUAUUCUUUUUUUUUUUGAUAAACUCUUUUGGAUCUAGAGAGAAAACGCGUAGCGUAGUCUUGGAAUUAUUCCUGCCAUUGCCGAACUUAGAUCCUAGGUAGCCCUCAUGACUAUGUACUCUUAUACGGCCACAGGUGCAUGCUACAGCGCAGUAUGUACUGGACAUCUUGCUUAUUGAUAU